AUGUCCUGGAACACUCCGAGUUCUGGAGGUUUCCAAGCAAUGGCGCCUUCCGGGGCUCAACCGUGUAUGAGCCAUGAACAGCUUUUGAGUAACAGAGACGGUAAGCUAAGCUUGCAUCGUCUUGAAGAUUUUUUUGGUUCAAGAUGACCUUUCUUCUUGUCUUCGGGCCAGCGAGAUGUUAAUUACUUAUCUGUAGAGUUAAAUCUCCGAGUUAUUGUUUCGUUAAGUAGUGAGCGAGUGAAUUUUUCUUGUAUUGUAGCUCUAGAAAGAAAGCUUUCGCAAAGAAGACCUCGACAAGAACUUGUGAGCAUAGGAAUAAUGCCAGGUUUGUAUCUGGGGUCUUGCCAUUAAGUGAUCCAUCCUCGAUCCUUCUUGUAACAUCUUUUUUUAUUUUGUCUUUUUUAGCGGUUAGUGCUGCACCGGCAAUACUCUCCCAGAGGACAAAACUCGAAAGAGCCAAGGCAAGUUUCGGACUCGUGUUGUGUUUGUUGGUCCUUGAAUUGAGGUCCCUUCAAUAUAGUUGGGAGAGCGAAUAAAUAAAUGAAAAGAUAGGCAGAAAACAUUUAUAACAUGCCAUUUGUUUUUAUUAAUUUGUCUUUCAGACUGGUGAUAUUCUACAAAAGAAAAUACGGGCAAGACCAAACCGCGCUCAGCUGAUUCAAAAGCAUAUUCUAUAUGGUAUGUACUUUAAUAUUAUUAUUGUCCUGUCAAGCUCGAUCACCUUUCAGGAGUGGAGUUAUGUUCGCGUGAUUUGACAGUGUGAAUUGAAACUAAGGAUUCAUACAGAGUAUUGUAUGGCAAAUGUUUUCGACUCUUUCAGCAAAUUUAAAGUUGUCACAAGCCGAAUAUCUUGUCAUAUUGUCAGUUUUAAACGGUCGGCUUGUUCAGAACAACUGUUUGUUUGUGUCGAGAAUUCCUUCAGUUCAUAUAUUUUUUCACAAUAAGUGUGUCCACUCACAAAAAAGAACAUAGCCUGAUAACUUCCAUGUGUUACUGUAUCUAAAGAACUUUGUUCUGUGAGCUAGAUUUAAUUUCUCGGGUAACGGUUCAUGAAAAAUGUUUCGAUCGGGUGCUAUGUGGGUUGUGCAACUUUCGUUUUCUGUUUUUUCACCUCACGAUACCCAUCAGUACUAGUGUUUUAGCUGUCAUAAUUCUUUCUGUUACAUCUGCUCACUCUAGUUUGCUGCAUCAAAGAAAACACGGAUAGGAUUUGGUGUCUUUUUCGCCUUCACUGUUUCUUUGACGUGCUUGAAAGCAAGAGUAAGAAAUUGACACCUUUACUGUCGAUAUCAUUCAGCGCGUUGGAAUUUUUAUUUUUUUGUGGUAAAUUUGUCUGUAGAUAAAACCAAAGUUUUCUGAAGCAGAAAGAGAUUAUGUAAACUCACUCUUUUUCAUUGACCUUUGAAGAGUAUUUGCGCAACUUUUACUUCCACGAAUUCCAAAUUAAUAGAGUUAAUCCGAGAAAGUAUCUUUUAUUGACCUUACCACAUUCUAAGUACGUGCGAAUCUUUUGUUCUUCUCUGACUUCUCUCUGUUGUCGUUUUUCCAAGUAUGAGCUCUGUUAAACCUAUGGAUUAUCUUGUUUGAGAGACAGAAUUUGUUAAAGAUAGCUAAAAAACCAAUCCAUUUAUAUAUAAAACAAAGGCAAAAGAUUUAUUAUGACUGUUUUUUGUUGGUCAUAUUUCAAUUUUUGAUAAUGUCAGUUAUGCCUUUUGACUCUUAGUCUUUAUCAAAAGGCAUAAUUAUACAACCCACCUUUUAAUUUCACAAUUAUUGUUCCAUUCAUUCAGUUGCAGUUUAUCUACAUCUGACUCUUUAUUAAAUUACAACCUCUUAAUGAUAUUAUUGUUGACCAAUGCAACUGUGAUGAAAAAAUGAACUUUAAGAAGAAAGUAGUUUCAGCAAAGCCUGAUGUAAUUGGGUGACCUGUUUGGAUUUGUUUGUGAUGUUGGCCGUCACAUUUUAAAUGGUUUAAACUUCAACAAAAACUGAAGAAAAACCUCAAAAGCGACCCAUCCUACCGUCUUUUGAAGAAGGCACUGAAAAAAGUGCCAAUGAUAGCUUGAGAGACAUCUUUAUUCAAUGGAUAUACAGACACACACUAGCUACACAGAGAAAGAGAUUUGCAAUCACAUUUUGGAAGGGAAAAAACUCAUCAAAAGGUUGAAACUUCAACAAAAAGUGAAGAAAAACCCCAAAAGGUACUCGUCAUAGCAUCUUUUGAAGGAGACGAUGAAAAAGUGUAGUACGCUAGCUUCAAACACCUCUUUAUUUAAUGGCUGCCCUCGCUUAAUAUGCUUUAUCAUUACUACGUUAAUAAUUGAUAGUGUUUAUUUUGACGACAUAAAACCAGGGGGGGGUACUCUCUUGCAUUAACCUUAUAGAUAUUUCUCUGAAAUCGUGUCAAGAUUAGGAGAGCUGGACGACGCACCCCCACUACGACUUCCCAGAAAUCCCCCCCGCAAAGAAAAUGAAUGUAUUUUAUAAUAGAAUCUGGUUUUCACUAGAUCAUAAGCGGAAUGUAAGUGAUGGAGUCAUAAGCAGAAUUGAAAUGCUGUUUCACUUGAUCAUAAGCUCUACACUUCUGAUUACGACUCCAACUCUGUCGCUAGUGAAAACCAGCCUUUAGAAUAUACUUGUGCCACCAGUACAUAAAAAUAUGCCAUUUUUCUUCAGAAACACCUGUGGAUCCAUCUUUGGUUGACAAACAGAUGAGAUUGAAAAGGAAAAAGUUGGAAGAUAACCUCAAUGACAAGUUAUCAUUUAGACCUGGACCACUAGAACUUGUGAAACAGAAUAUUUUAGAAGCAGGCACUGAAAUGAGCCAUGCCGUGCAAGAAGGAACGGUGCCUUUUACUGAAACCACUUCAAAUUAUAGAGAACCUAUUUCACCGGAAAGUGUUGACUCACCUGAACCAUCUCCUGACUCAAGCAACAUUGCAUCACCACCAAGCGUUUCAUCAUCGCAUAGUUUUGCAUCGUCUCCAGGAUCAACAUGUAUAACGUCCACAGUGCAGGCUCUUGCUUCACUGCAAGCGCAAACCCGCAAGCAUUCUCUGGAACAACAAGAACAGCAACAGCAGCAACAUCAGAUGUUUUUACAACAGCAAAAUGGCCAGCAGCAAGUGUUGCCUUCACAGCUUCCAGUGUCUUCCACUGGAACAAAAAAGGAAGCCAGGUCUCGCAAGAAAACUGCCAAACCAAAAGUUAAGAAGUACAAAUAUCAUGAGUAUAGGCCCCCUAAUGGUGAGGUGCAGAAAUCUGAAUUACCAUCAGACUCACCAUAUGGUUUACUUUUACAACAGCAGCAGCUUUACCUUCAGCUUCAGGUGUUGUUUCAAAAUUAUCCGCAUCAUUGCAUGUUGCCUUCUAUUCCAGAGAAUGCAAAAGUUAGCUCAAAUGGUGGUAAGAACAAUAACUCAAAUGCAGAGAAACCUGUAAAAAUUGAGGAGAUGAGAGUUGUUGAUAUGAGAAGGGCUCUAAAGGAACGUGGACUUCCAGUGUUUGGCUCAAAAACUGAUUUAAUUAAGCGGCUUCAAGAGAUUGGGGCCUUUCCACCUCCUGAGCCAAAUGCAAGCACCACAAUAUCACCUCCUGUAGUGUCUACACAGGCACAAGUAACAACAUCAGCCCCAAUUUCUUCCAGUGUUCCAGCUCUCCCAACAAAUUCAGUCCAUCCACCCUUGCAUAGAUCAAAUUCUCUACCAUUACAGACUCCAAAUUUGAAUACCGUGCAGCAGCUGCAGAUGCAGAUCUUAGCAAAUAACCAGAGUUUACAACAACUGAAAGUCCCGCCUGAGGUCCAGCAGCAACUGCAGCAACUCCAGUAUCUGAACUUGCAGCUACAGCUGCAGCACUUGAACAUCCAGCAGCAACAGAAUAUCCAGCCAAAGCUGAUGGAUACUCCAGUUACUUGUCAGACUGCAAGUGUGAAAACGGAGACUCUUACCAACAACACCUGUACAUUUCAGGGUAGUCCUGUCAAUCAGAGCCAAACUUCAGAGCAGAAGCCAGUGCCAUUUGCUGUAAAGCGAGAAUGCCAGACUGUGCAGAUGUCACCCAGAAAUCCUCAUCAGCAACAGCUGGCUAAAACGCAAACACAAGUUAAGCAACAACAGGUUGACCAAGUUAAUCAGGCUUUGGUACAUUUGCACGAACAAGCUCAGUCACUGGAUAGUAUAGACUCAAACGCAAGCAGUGUUGAGAGCCAGGUUCUGUCGUGGGACCAGCAACAUCCACUGUUUGAUGGAGAGAGUGAAUCAUAUCCAUCACCUGGUUCUCAGCUUUCAGACAUGUCAAAUUUAUCCCCCUUGCCAGCAGAUAACCUUUCUCAUAGCAUGGAUUCAUCACACAGCAGCAGUGUUUUCCAUGGAAAUGCAAAGCCUGACAAUCAUCUCAUUCCAGGAUCCUAUCCUGAGAGGUCUUCUGAUGAAUACCUCUCAAUGGUUCCACAAAGAAAACCCAGGUCCUUGUCUGAGCCUCAAUUUCCUGUUUCCACUCACAGGCGGACCUCAUCAUUUCCAUCAAUCCCUUUUGCUACCCCACCACCAAGUUAUGAAGCCGCUGUGGCGGCCCAGUCACAAAAGCAGUUUCAGAAUGUCAGUUUUGGAAGCCAGAUGGUUGGUGGCUUUCCCAUCAUGAACAGUGUGAGUCCAAAGCAGGAUGACAUGGAUUUCCAUCUUGAUUCUGUUAUUCAGGACAAGGAAUUAAGUCAAGAACUACAGAAGGUAUCUUAGAUUGAGAGCUGUUCAGUGAGCCUCAUUUAGUCAUACACAAAAAGUGAUUUGACUUUUAUGAAUAGACUGUUCCGUCAUUUCUAUGAGUAAAGGCAGAAACUUGAGGCUUGGGGGGUGACAAAUUUCAUUGAUUUGACUCCCAGUAACUAUGUUUGAUUGAUGUUAAAGCAAUGUGUUGCUAUUGAGAAAGAGUACAAACAGAAUGUCAUUUAGCACGGUACAACUCCGAGAAGCAAUAAGGGACAAUAUUGUUAUCGACACUUUAAGCAGGGAUGGUACUCAGAUUAUACUGCUAUUACUAGGUGGGGAAGUAAACAGCUAGGAAGUUCUUUUGGUUGUGUUUUCCGUUAGCUUCCUAUGAAAGUAGCUGGGGGAAAUCAGAGGCAAACCUGCUUCAAGAAUAUGGGGUACUUACCACUCACAUUGUAAAACCGGAAAUUCUGGUUGGAAAAUCAAAUGGUUCAUGACAUUCUGUUUUUGAAGGUUCAGAAAAUGUGGGCUGUGAUUUGAGACGAUGCAAUUUUCUUAGUCUGUUUAGUCUGUUCAACAAAUUUGGAUAUACUUUGUAAUGGUUUGUCCUCCCACCAUAUAAAAUUUUAUAUGUUUAUGCACAAGAUUUCCACUCAGGUGGUUUGUGUAAAAUGUUAAGCACCUCAGAACUCACAGAACUUUACACUUUUGUAGUUUUAAGUUGAUCUGUUUCUUGCAGGCUAUGAUGAAGAAUUUUGCUUCACUUAAUCAUGAUGACAUACUGGAAAUACUUGGAGGUAAGUAUCAAUGAACUGGUGUCAUGUCCCUGGUUAUAGAACCUAUUUCAUUCUUUUAGAUAAUGUAGCAAGCCUCUACAUGAUAUUUUUAACCCACUGAUAUUGAUGUGUGGUAAUAUAGUAUCUUGGGAGACCUCUGGCCCUUUCCGGCAAGAUAUUUAACUGCCUUUUAGAUAGUUGUGAAUGAAAAUGCUCCGAACUAUUCACUAUUUUCACAUAGACUAUAAUGCUUCUUGUUUAGUAACCCCUCCAAAAUUUUGCAUAAACAUUGUCUUCAAUUUCUCUUGAGACUACUGUAAAUACCUCAGAGAAAUAGAGAGGAGAAAUGUGAUGUCAGGUUACCAUGGUAGCAAAAUUUCUGGAUCACAACAAUAUGGUGCUUAAGCAACAUCGACGGUGACGGCAAGAAGAACAUCGAGAGAGCAAUAGGUUUAUAUUAGCAAAACAAAAACUUUGAACAUGCAUCACGGUUUUUUGUACAUUUCCUAGUUGACAUUGCAUGAUUCCUAAUGUCACGCGCCCUCUUUUUGGAGUAGGUGAACACAAGGCAAAAAAAUUUUUCUUUCAGACUCAACCCCAGAAAAUUUUGCGAACAUUUCCACAAAUUAAAUGAAAUUGAAUAAGACAGAUAAAGUUUGAAACAGUGCGAAUUCCCUUUUUAAGUGAUGUUUGCGGUUUGUUGUCAUUGAAAAAUUUGCUACCAUGGUAACAUGACAUAACCAUUGCUUCCAAUAGAGAGGAGAAGUCGUUAUGCAGUAUUUUUUUUUUGGGGGGGGGGUGGGGGUAAACAAGGUGCAUUAUGGUCUCUGUGAAAAUGGUUGGAGUGAUUUGAAGGUCCAAGCAAUUUCAAACCAAGAGACAAGAAGGCCUCAAAUUUAACAUAGAUGCUUACUGUCCCCAACUUUUUUGAUAAAUGUUGGUCUGUAAGUGCCGCGGAUGGUUAUUGCAGCAUGUUUCUCAGUUAUCAAUACUUUUUUUGGCGUAAGUCACAGCAUGCAAAGAAAGUCUCGUCUGAUAGCCCGAGGCUAGUGGACUUUGCUUUCAGGCUAUCUUAACUUGCCUGAUCAACAAGCGAAGUUUUCUGAAAUUCAAAUUACAGAAAAUUUGUAAUCAUUAUCCUGCUCAUCAAAAAAAUUUUUCAUGUUAGUUAAAAUGGCUCUUUGGCUAGUACAUUCUAGCUACAGCUUGUAAAACUGACUUCUUUUUCACCCUGUGUCACCUUUUUAGAAGUUAUUGUUUGACACUGGACACAGGAGCCCCUUAAUUUCUUUGCUGCCUACUUUUUUGAGCAAUUCUAAGCUUUUAUUAGAGACCUUUAGAUUCGAGGGCGAGAACGACUACGAGUACGAGAUUUGAUUUGAAGUUUUUUCGCGUAUUGUCAAAAAAUAGAUACCACGGAAUUCUUCAUUGUACUUUUUUUCACCAGAAAAGUUAAUUGAAGGAGGUUGAGCUCUCUCCAGAUUGCAAAAUGGUAAAACUUCUAACAUUUGAUAACUUGUGUCCGCCACUACGACACUCUCGCUAAAACUCGAAGUAGAAUGACGACGGCUACCACGUUUUCCCGCCCAAAAUAACGCUGCCCCAUGCGCGAGCAAUACUUGCUAUUGAGAAAAUCUCGUACUCGUAGUCGUUCUCGUCUUAGAAUCUAAAGGUCUCUAUUAUUGUUUAUGAAGACCAGAAGGAUCAGUAUGCAAAAAAAUAGAGUUCAGUUCCCAGUGGACCACUUUGCCCCUCCAACAUGUCUACUAUCCCUUUGUUUGCCCCUCUAACAUGGCUACUGCAACAAAGUGAACAGACUCUGUAGGGUGACCUAGUUGAAGCUUACAUUCAUGUCCUUAAAAUUCUUCAUAGAGCCUUGUAGUCAGUUCCCAACAACUGCAGUAACAAAUUCUUUUGCUGGAAUAAUGACUCCUUCACUAACAACAUCUGGAAAUCAACCACCAAUGAGCAAGUCGCCAAGCUAUGGAUCUUACCUAAGCCAACGCUUUGUUCCUCCAAGUCAAAACUCCCCGGGAAGGAUGUCACGAAGCUGUGAUGAUGUAAGCCAGUUGUCGGUUAACAACAAAUUUCCUUUUCAAGCAGAAAAUGGUGCAAUGUGUGACUUUGAUAACUUUCUUACAAGUCCAUUGUCGCCCAUGAAAAUUGACUCUUGUGACACAGAUGAUAGCCCAGGUUUACUGUUUAACUCAUCAAACUCCAUACCCAUCCCAUCCUCGAAUGGUAUUGUUGGAAAGACAGACACUUUGAGCUGGCUCGACUUAAGCAUGUCACCCACAGCUCAGCAGAGUAUUCCACAUGCCAAUGUUGAACUUACAUCAAUACAUAACAACAAUCAUAAAGGGACUCCGCCAUUAAAUUUGUAUGAUGACCAUGAACAUACGCCAUUGUCACUGUUUGACUUAGAAACACCUACUGCACUUCAUCCUCCGAGUGACUUUGGUGAAGCAAUGGAUUACUGCAUCUAGGUUGUAUUCCAUUAGUUUGUGUAUAAUAAUGAACAUAAUACCAGUAUCACUAUAAGUGAUCAUACAUUAUUUGUGUAAAUAAUAGUAAACAACUUGUUAAUAAUAUUAAAAUUAUUAAUUGUUAGAACAGUCAGUAAAAUUUAUUUUAUUGGUUACUCUAACGGUUUUACUAUAGAGAUAUUAAUAGAUGUUAACAUCUGUCUAUUGUGGUAUAAUAUUGUACAGAAAAAAAAAAAACAGAAACAAGUUCCUGUAAGGACAUUAUAGGCAUUAAGCAGGCAAGAGUCAGUCCUCCAAUUUUUUUUUUGUAUCAGAAAUCCUUGUGCAAUUUGCAGACAGCAGACAAAAUUACUCUCAGAAUAGGCAGCAUAAACCUAAACAACAAAAUGGAAUUUAAUAUUAGUUUUAUUUCGUGAUAUACUUGUGGCUAAUCACCACAUCAAUAUUUUCUAUUUGUUUUGAUGAAUAAAUAACAACAACAAUUAUUGUUGUUCCACAACAGGGUAUUGCCAUUAAUAAGUAAUAUUGGUAAAGAUGGUAGAUUCUGGCAGGGUUUGUGAUUUUCUGAGAACAAUUUAAUAGUAUUUCUAAACAGACUGACCUCUCUGGCAGUGCCACCAAUAACUUCCAUGUAAAUGG